CCAUGACUGCCGCCUUUUUAACACGCGCGCUAUCUGUUGGAUUUCGGAAGAACAUCGUUCCACUUUCAUCUUUAGUUUUUGCAAGUUCGUUUUCUAACAUGGCGAACCCCCAAGUUUACUUUGAUAUAACUAUUGACAACCAGCCCGCUGGUAGGAUUGUCAUGGAGCUGAGAGCUGAUGUUGUACCGAAAACAGCAGAGAAUUUCCGUGUUUUGUGCACCGGUGACAAGGGCUUCGGCUACCAGGGCAGUAUUUUCCACCGAGUUAUUCCCCAGUUCAUGAUCCAGGGUGGGGACUUCACUAAGGGCGACGGAACUGGAGGCAAGAGCAUCUACGGAGCCAAGUUUGCCGACGAGAACUUCCAGCUGAAGCACACGGGACCUGGAAUUCUGUCCAUGGCAAAUGCUGGUCCUGGUACCAACGGCUCUCAGUUUUUCUUGUGCACGGUGAAAACUGAAUGGUUGGAUGGCAAGCACGUGGUGUUCGGGAAGGUGAUAGAAGGAAUGGAUGUAGUUCAGACAGUCGAGAAAGUGGGCUCCCAGUCGGGCAAGCCAACAAAAAAAGUUGUUGUAGCCAAGAGUGGACAGUUAUAACCGACGAGAACAAACAAAUAUAUUUAGCCAUGCUUUUAAUGCAAACUGACAUUGUUCUGUAAUCAAGGAAUAAUUAUCUGAGAAACAAUUCUGGACAUAACUCUAUCUGUAUCUUUUAACUUGAAGCAGUUAAAAUAUAAAAUGUGAAGUUUAAAAAACCCACAUUUAUACUUAAAAACUUAUACUCAAAACAUAUACACUCUGUACUAAAUAAUAAAACCAUUUUCGAUAAACAA